AUGCCAGUUCGAAUAUCAUCAGAAGACGCUCCAGAAGCGGGUCCAUCUCGCAGGUCUGUCCCGCCUCGAACAUCGCCUGAGAUGGAUGGGGAGGAUGGCAUGAUUGAAGAGGAAGGAUGGACAAAAGAGACGUUCGAGAAUCGAAGCAUCUCCAAGAGUACCCAUUCGGCUAUCCCCUUGUUACGAACGACGAUGGACAAACUGAAAGAGGUCAUAUCCCGAACAGAAGAAGGUCUGGAGAUCGUCAAGGAGACUGCUAUUGCUCUGGAAGAUUCACAGCAGGAUGAACCUUCAAUAGACGAAGCUGAAAAUUCAUUCUUCAAAGCCUUGGACCAGCGAGAAUUGCUUACUAUAAAGAUCGGAGUGUUGGAGGAUAUCAUCAAUCAGCUUAGAGCAGGUGAAGAAUAUUCGAAUAUCGAAUCUUCUUACGAACAAUUAUCAAUUCCGAGGGAGACCGAGUAUCUGGGUAAAUCGAAAAGAGGGAAAUAUAAAAAUUCGAAGGAGUAUGCCGACUUCCGUUCUGCUCUAUGGGAGGUCAAUCAUACGACAGCCUGUCCACCGGUCUCACAGUGGCUAGAGAAGGGACCGGAUGAUGAAUCAGAUGACGAUGAUUUCGAUGUUGGUGGUGUUACCCAGAAUUACAGAUGUCCUAUCACUUUGGUCCUGUUCGAAGAUGCCACUACCAGUAAUAAAUGUGGACAUAACUAUUCCGGAGCAGCCAUUAGAGAUCUAGUCGAUAGUGCUCGUAAAUCGCGAAGACCUGCGAAAUGUCCUGUGACGGGAUGUUCGGCUGUGUUAGAUAAGAACGAUCUGAAGCCCAACCCUGCUUUACAAAAGCGCGCGGAUGAAUUCGCCCGAAGAGAGAAAAGGAGGGAGGAUGAACGAGAAGAAGGUGAUGAUACAAUUGCGAUCGAGGAUGAUGAGGAAGAUUAUUGA